GUCGCGCUGUACGCAUGCGUCGCUUGACAGCUGCUAUCGCGCGUUGUUAUGGUGAUGUGACAUCAAAAUAUAGAUUAAAAAACAUUACGGUUUUUUUACCCUGUUAAUAAAUUACCGAAAUUGUGCUUUGUAUUUGCGUAGGCGUAAAUUAUAUUAUGACGUGAGGUGCGCUGUGCUGUGCUGUGGACUGUGACGUCAUCAUGGCAGGGUGGGGGUUGUGGAUAUUCGCCCUGUUCGGGCUCGCUCUAGCGCAGGGUCCAGAGAAAAGGCGCACAGGCAACGUUUGCCAUGCGGACAUGGACUGUCCGGACAACGCGUUCUGUCGGCAGAGCAGCUACUGCGUCUGCAAGGAUGGAUUCGUAUACGCAGCUGUCAACAGCACUCAUAAGGGCUGCCUGAAGGAGGCGCGUAUGGGCGAAGAGUGCGUGCAGCACAUUCAGUGCCACUCAACUAUGGGCGUGCACUCCGAGUGCGCCGACAGCGUCUGCGCGUGCGCACCCAACGCGCAUCUCGAAGACGACCGCUGCUAUGAAACUGCAGUGAUCGGCGAGCGGUGCGUGGUAGAUCAGAACUGCUUCCUGGGUGAACACGGCACCGAACGCCAGGCUUUCUGCGUGCGUGGAUAUUGCACGUGCCAGUUGCAGUACAGCCCCAGGGAUAAUGGCACAAGAUGCGUACGCGACGCGACUCUAGGCGAGGAAUGCGAGGACGAGCUGCAGUGCGCGGGAGUGGGGCUGCAGUGCCGGGGCACCUGUCGCUGCCGGGACAACUGGGUCGCACACCAGGAGACCAACUCCUGUGUAGAAUCGGUUAAAGCACUGAACGAUCCGUGCGUAUACGACGUGCAGUGCGACGGUCUGUCUGGUGCGAAGGACGCGCCGUCGCCAGGCGCGGCGCUUUGCCUGGGCGGUGCGUGCACUUGCGCAUACAGCGCGCACGCCGCCGGCACACCGCAACACUGCUGGCAUCGCCGCCGCCCCGGACAGGAGUGCAGAAGGGAUGAGGAAUGUGUAUCAGAAGAAGACGAGCCAGGAUACUGUCUGUCAGGGCGAUGCACUUGCAAGACUUGUUCCCCAGACGAGCGGGACUUCGGCAGCGGCGCGGCAACAAUGAAUCCGCCAUACCUCGCAACAGCUGUUCUGUUCAUAGCCGCCAUUUUGAGACACUAGCACCGCUCGUUCUGCCAACAAUGUUCACCAAUGUUGAACUUAUUAUAGAAAA